CGGAGCAUGUCCAUUGUACGAGGUGUUCUGAACGAGUACCGCGAUUGUUGAGGUGCAGGCUGGUAAAUACGUGAUUUUUCUUGGAAAAAGUUGUGUCAUCUGUUGAAACCGACUGUCGCCGUUUAGCUCGGCGUCGCAUGAAAUCGUUUUAAUACGCGAAUCAUACCGAAAAGCAGCCGGUUGUUAGGAAGACCAUAGGAAUUUGUGCGUUAGCGGCAGCUGAAGCCACCGUGCGGACCCCUGAUAGCACCGGAGCUAGUUAACGCGAACAGCUGCUGUGCUGUGCUGUGAAUCUGCCGAAGACCCGUAGAAAUAUGUCUUUAACUAGAGGUCGAGGCGUUGCGAAAUAAAUCACCGGAGUCGGGAUAAAAAGCACCGAGUUAUCUCGCGAACUAGCCACUUAGCCGAGCGAGCUCGUUAGCCACAGCUACCGGAUUGUCUUUCACAAAAAAAGGGGGCAACGCGUGAACAGGAGACUCGGUAGCUAUCCCCCUGUUUUUUUUUUUGUUUUUGUUUUUUUACUGACUGUUUUAUUGUUUUGAGAGCACUUCCAAGUCGUGCACAAUGAAUGGGUUCAGCACAGAGGAGGACAGCCACGACGGACCGCCUGCUCCGCCGUUUUACGGACAGAGCUGCUGUCUGAUCGAGGACGGGGAGCGCUGCGGCCGGUCAGCUGGAAACGCCUCCUUCAGCAAGAGGAUCCAGAAGAGCAUAUCGCAGAAGAAGCUCAAGCUGGACAUCGACAAGAGCGUGCGACACCUCUACAUCUGCGACUUCCAUAAGAACUUCAUCCAGAGCGUCCGCAACAAGAGGAAGAGGAAGACCAGUGACGACGGAGGAGAGUCCCCGGACCAUGACGUGGAGGUGCCUGAGGUCGAUCUUUUCCAGCUGCAGGUGAACACGUUGAGACGCUACAAGCGACACUACAAACUGCAGACCAGGCCCGGACUCAACAAGGCCCAGCUGGCAGAGACGGUGAGUCGUCACUUCAGGAAUAUACCGGUGAACGAGAAGGAGACGCUGACCUACUUUAUUUACAUGGUGAAGAGCAGCAAGAGCCGCUUGGACCAGAAAGGUGACGGCGGCAAACCGCUGGACUAAACUUCCCAAACAACAACCACAGCAGCUCCCAACAAAAAUCAGUAAUCGACAACCACAGUGACAAACAACAACAACAACAACGGCAAUUCUCAAAACCUGGACACCACUAACAGCAGCAACAGCUAUAACCAGCUCCUCCUGCAACCCUGUCACCGUCCCACUCCUCUGUGAGACCAGAACACAAACACUUGUCGUCCUUUUUAUAGAGGACAGUUAACUGAAAUGGAGGAGAACUCGUGGCGGGAUGAGUUCACUUUAGCUCAUUUUGCCGUCUUCACAUAAAAAAAAA